AUGGACAAUCGCCUGCAUCGGAAUGCAGUAGACCGACUAUCUUCUGAGGUUGGCUUAUUCUACACCCAGAAAAUCCCCUUCAAGAUAUUUCAUGGCUACACACAUUCGACCCGCAAGAGUCCGUGCGAGAGAAGCCGUAUUGUUGAUACAAGCAGUCUCUGCCAUGUGCUUGAGAUCAACACUGAGCACAAAACUGCUCUUGUCGAACCUAAUGUAUCAAUUGGACAGCUUGUCAGAGAAACCCUCAAGCUCGGUCUCAUACCGCUUGUUGUGCCAGAAUUUCCAGACAUAACCAUUGGCGGAGGUUUUGCCGGAACAGCAGGAGAGAGCAGCUCUUUCAAAUAUGGAUUUCUUCACGAUACCGUGAACUGGAUCGAGAUUGUCAUUCCUAACGGACAAGUCCUAAUAGCGUCAGACACAACUCAUCGAGACCUAUUUCAUGGUGUCAAAGGCACCUUUGGAACCCUUGGAGUGACCACCUUAUUAGAAAUCAGAUUGACCGAAUCCACAUCGCUUGUUCAGCUCACGUAUCAUAAAGUGCACAGUAUCGAAGAGCUUGUCCUCAAUCUUCGCGGAUGCAUCUCCGAAUCUUCGAAUGACUUUGUUGACGCAAUUCAGUACGGUAGGGAGGACGGUGUCAUUGUCACAGCGCAGCUCACCAAUGAUGUACAGCAAGAUACGCCUAUUCGACGAUUUCUUCGGCCCCAGGAUGAGUGGUACUACCUCCAUGUUCAGGAUAUCCUUAAGACAGACUCGGUUACGUAUACAGAAGCUGUGCCGGUCACAGACUAUUUCUUCCGCUACGACCGUGGUGCGUUUUGGACUGGAAGGUACGUUUUCACGUACUUUGCAGUUCCGUUUUUACGGACACUCCGGACAUCUUUGGAUUCGGUCAUGCAUACUAAGAUACUUUACCACGGCUUGCACGAAAAUGGCAUGGCAAAGGACAACAUCAUCCAAGAUGUUGCCAUACCAAUCGCAAAAGCUGUAGAUUUCCUACAAUGGCUUGACCUCCGUUACGGUAUCUAUCCACUUUGGAUUUGCCCCAUAAGGAAGAGCAGGUAUGCUGCCUUCUACCCAAUGGUCAAUAGUGCUGUUACUAGCAGCAAACAAGUACAACUCCCUUGCGCGCUUUCCGUCCAUCAUACGGCCAAGGAGAUCGAGGUCGAGCAUCCCCACGAAGAGAUGCUCCUAAGCAUAGGAGUCUGGGGGCCAAGACUUCCAUUCCCUAAACUUUUCGUCGCUGAGAACCGUGUGUUGGAGAAGGAAGUCAAGGAUAUGGGAGGUAUGAAAUGGCUCUAUGCGCAUAACCAUUACAGUAAAGACGAGUUUUGGAGUAUCUACGACAAGGAGUUGUAUGAUGAUAUCCGUCGCAAAUACCAUGCUGAGUAUCUGCCGUCGGUUUUUGAAAAGACAAGGUACGACUGGGAUGCCGAUCGGCGUGCGAUUCAAGCAUCUUGGCUACGCUGGCUGUUUAGCUUUCGAGUACCUGCUUGCGAAAUGAAGCUUUAUCGUGAUUACUAUGACGGAGUGAUCGUGAAGUGGCAGUCCCGGCAGCCUGGUGCAUAA